AUGCAAUAUGGGACUGGCUAUCAAGUCCAUCUGGAGAAAGACCCGAGCUUCUUGAGAGAGAUUUGGGCCUGGUACAUCAUCGGCAUCACCACAAUUACUUUGCGAUGGAUUGUUCGCAUCAGGACGGUGGGCUUCCGCGGCCUCGCCGGAGAUGACUACAUCACGGCCCUUACACUUGCUUUCUACACGAUGGACGCUGUACUUGUGCACAUAGUCUACCACACUGGCGCCAACGCAGGCCUGACUCAACCCAUCGUGGACCAGCUUACGCGGGCUGAGAUUGAUCAAUUCAUCCUGGGUUCAGCGUGUCAGACGGCUGCUUGGUACAGUUACUCUGCCCUGAUCUGGUGCAUGAAGUUCACCAUGCUCCUCUUCUACAAACGCCUCACAUUCGGCACACUCCAAAACCGCAUGAUCAAACACCUCUUCUGGCUCUGCGGCAUCACCUACCUCAUCGUCGUCCUCACCCUCACCUUCGGCUGCUUCCCCUUCUCCGACAACUGGGCCGUCGCCCCCACCCUCCCCCCGCGCCGCUGCACCUUCAAAACCCAAAACCUGCUCGUCACCGUCACGCUCAACGUCCUCACCGACGCGGCGAUCCUGGUGAUACCCAUCCCGCUGCUGUGGCGCCUGAAAGUCGCGACGUCGCGCAAGCUCGCCAUCGCCGCGCUGCUCUCGUCGGGCGUCUUCGUCAUCGGCGCCGCCGUCACGCGCGCCGCGCUGACGCUGGGCGAGGCGCCGUCCGCGCUGAACAUCAACCGUUGGGGCGUGAGGGAGACGAUUGUGGGCAUCGUGGCGGUGCAGUUGCCGCUUUUGCGGCCGUUGUUUGUGAGGGAUUUUUGGAGGAGGGGGGAUUUCAGGGUGUCGGAGGGGAGUAGUGGUGCGAAUGGGAAUAGUGCGAGUGAUGGGAGGACGGGGACGCAUGGCGGGACGGUCACCGGUGGCGCAGGCGGCAAGUAUCGUCAUCGCGGCGGCAAGAAGGGGGGGUACGGCGAGGACGGCGGUGCCGGCGCGGGCGCAGGCGCAGGCGCAGGCGCCGCCAUCGAGCUGCGCAACAGCAGCAACAGCAGCGGGGGCAGCAGCGACGACGUCGACCUCGAGCGCGCGAGCACGUAUUCCAAGGAGCAGCCGUCGAGCAUCACCAUCGUCGAGCUGCUGGAGCGCGACAGGGAGAGGGUGGCGUCGCCCACGACGAGACCGAAGGCCGGCGCGCGCGUCCUCAGGGGCCCCAGCGUGUCCGACGACGACGACAACGACGGCAGCGAGGAUGGCAUCGUCGGGAGGGAGUAUCGGAGCAGUCCGUCGCCGUUGCCGCCGACGCAGCGCCAGCAGUUUCAGCGCCGCAUGAGCGGUGCGAAUGUCGUUGGUGGUGGUGGCGGCGUUGGCCCGCUGGCGGCGGGGAACGGCAACAGCAACAACAACAACAACAAUAUCGUGUUUGUCGAGACGACGUAUGAGAUUCGUCACGAGGGGCGGAGGACGGGGGAUGAUGACGACGGCGCGGCGACGGGGGAGGUCGGGUGCGAUACGCGGAUUACGGCGACGAGGGGGUGGGGGAGGUGA